CAAUCGUAGCGCAGGAGAGCAGCGAGCAGGUGGGUUAGAUUAAACGGGAUGUGGUGAAGCUGUAAUGGAGCGGGCCGUGGUGAAGUUCCGCCACUGCGGGAGAGAUAUCUACACCUUCGCAGAUCCACAGGCCGGUACUGGAACUGGUCUGUGCCCAGUCUGUCAGCAGCCGCCGGUACUGGGACUGCUGGACGCGCCUGUCGCGCUGCCCGGUCCGUUCAGCAGCGGCCACAGAGCCCCGUGCGCGUUUCUGAUAGGAGCGAGAGAGGGGCCGCGGUCUCUGGGAGAGUGGAAUGAUUCAGAGCUACACGUCGGCAUCUCAAACUCAGCAGGCUUGGUCUAUAACUACACAUUAUCAGGGGUCCAGAUAGACGAGCAGGGAUGGGAACAGUGUGUCUGCAUACAGCUGAUUCCACCUUGGAGAGAUUCUCUUGUAGAUUCCUGGGAUAAGGAAUUACAGCUGUUUUCAUCACUUCCAACCUGGGCUGCAGAGAGGUUCCAUGAAGAGAGGGAGUUUGGGUCCUGUUGUUAUGGUUUUGCUCUUAGCUUCAUAAAUCACAUGCGAUCGGUGGACGGUAAAGACUCUCUGAGCAGAGAUGAGUUCACCAGCAGGCACGUUCUACCCAGGAUUAAACUCGCAUCCAUGUUCAUCAGAGUGUAUGAAGAAAUACUGCAGAAUGGCUUUUACGUGAACAACCAGUAAGAAAGAGCGUCAGACUGGUGGAAGGAGAGACAGUGAACCAGUGACCGGGUUAUCAUUGGUGCCCAAGACUCAUUGAUGCUCAUGGAGGUUCUACAUUAAGGAUCUCUUCUAUUGUCUUGGUGCCAGUAUGUAUAUUUCACAUAAUAUAAAUGAAUCACACACAGUAAAUACAGAAAUGUUAGUGUGUUUAGUUAGCUACUGUUAAGUUGUUUUUUGUUAUUCAGAUUUUUGUUUUUACUAAACAUACAUUACAGGUACAGACACAAUGCUCAGCACACUUUUACAUACACAGAAACAGCAUAGCCAAUAUAAUAAUACAAGGUCGAAGCCUACGCAGGUCAAGUCGAGUGCAGGUCCAUAAGCUUUUCACUUUCUUCUCUCUAUUAAGUCUCCCCAUGACCUCAUAAGAUGCCGUUUAGUUCUUUAUUUCAGUUCAGGGACAUUUUUACUCCUCCAAUUAGGCAAUAUUAUCUGUGUCCAACUUUAGACAUGUUUUUUUUUUUUACCCUGGGGAUUUCUGUUCGAUCUCCAAGGAGGCAGUAGCGAGGUUGAUACAGUAGUCCCAGGCAUUCUCCUGUUACUUUGAGGAUACUACUCCAGAAGAAGUAUAUUACUGGGCAUUCCCAUAUCAUAUGAGAAAAUGGCAUUUCCAAGAUAAAUCAUUAUCAACAACACCCAUUCUAAAAAGUCUGGAUUGGUUUUACCUAUGCAAAUAUUUGUACUGAAUACAUUUUCCUUAAACCUCUCUAAUGUCCCUGCCUACAGAAUUCCCUCCAAUGCAUCGUCAGUAGAGUAACUUAAAUCCUUGUGCCAUAUUAUUUUGACAUUCUUGCACAUGUCGCUGUUUAAAUGAUUAGUUGUUCUAUAAAAUGUUGACGCUUUACGGGCUUCAUACAUACCUGUCAAUUCUCCCUGUGUGGCCCCUCUUACCUCUCUUCCCCGUUGUCCUCCCAUAUUAGUAUUUUACAGUAAAUUUACAUACUUCAGUGAGGAAAAUAAUUAGUCAGUCACCAAUUGUUCAAGUUCUCCUGAGGCCUGUAAUUGACAUCAUAGAUAAACUAUGAGAGACAUAAUGAAAAACUAUAAGAAAAUCACAUUGUCUGAUUUUUAAAUAAUUUAUUUGCAAAUAAUAGUGGAAAAUAAGUAUUUGGUCACCUACAAACAAACAAGAUUUCUGGCUCUCACAAACCUGUAACUUUUUUAAGAGGCUCCUUUGUCCUUCACUUAUUACCUGUAUUAAUGGCACCUGUUUGACCUCGUUAUCUCUAUAAAAGGCACCUGCCCACAACCUCAAACAGUCACACUCCAAACUCCACUAUGGUGAAGACCAAAGAGCUGUCGAAGGACACCAGAAACAAAAUUGUAGACCUGCACCAGGCUAGGAAGACUAAAUCUGCAAUAGCCAGCAGCGUGGUGUGAAGAAAUCUACUGUAGGAUCAAUAAUCAGAAAAGGAAGACCUUCAAGACCACUGCUAAUCUCCCUUGAGCAGGGGCUCCACGCAAGAUCUCAGCUCGUGGGGUCAAAAUUGUCACGAGAACGGUGAGCAAAAAUCCCAGAACCACAUGGGGGAUCUAGUGAAUGACCUGCAGAAAACUGGGACCAACGUUAUAAAGGCUACUGUCAGUAACACUCUAUGCUGAGUUGCAUCCAAAGAACACCAUACCAACUGUGAAGCAUGGGGGUGGCAACAUCAUGCUUUGGGGCUGUUUCUCUGCAAAGGGACCAGGACGACUGGUCCGUGUACAUGAAAGAAUGAAUAGGGCCAUGUAUUGUGAGAUUUUAAGUGCAAAUCCCCUUUCAUCAGCAAGGGCAUAAAGAUGAAACGUGGCUGGGUCUUUCAGCAUGACAAUGAUCCCAAGCACACUGCCAGGGCAACGAAGGAGUGGCUUCGUAAGAAGCAUUUCAAGGUCCUGGAGUGGCACAGCCAGUCUCCAGUUCUCAACCCCAUAGAAAACCUUUGGAGGGAGUUGAAAGUCCUUGUUGCCACAGACAGCCCCAAAACAUCACUGCUCUAGUGGAUAUCUGCAUGGAGGAAUGGGCCAACAUACCAUACUGUAAAGACUUCCAGAAAACCUUUGACCUCUGUCAUUGACAACAAAGGAUAUAGAACAAAGUAUUGAGAUAAAUGUUUGUUAUUGACCAAAUACUUAGUUAUACCAUUAUUGGCAAAUAUUUUUUUUUUCAUUGUAUCUCUCAUAGUUGAGGGCUACCUAUGAUUUCAUACAUACUCACUCUGGCUGCAAAAAAGUACCACUGAUCAUAACAAAAUACCAUUAAAAUAAAAAUACUAUGUAUUAAUAUAUAUAAAAUGUAAUAAUUUAUAUAAUAAUAUUAAUUACUACACACUAUAUCGUGAUACUAUGAUGCUGAACCUCGGUUGGGCUGGUUGGGCUCACACAGUGGUCAUGAAUGAAACCCACACACACAUGUCUGUGGUAAAAAUAAAAUUAGAUACUUAUAUGAUAUAGUCUGUGUGGUCCACAAAAUCUAUAUUCCUGACAGUCACAGUUGAUUCAGUAAGAAUCAGUGGUUCCUAUGUAAUUCUAAAGGACAUAAAUGCGUUUCUUGACCCACCUGUGGAAGCAUGGGGUAGUAAUACAAAAACUAGAAUUUUGUGAAAUGUGUAAGAGGCAAAUUAUCAAUCAAAUGAUCAAUUAUCGAUAUCAACAACACAUUGAAUACUUGAAAUAUGGAAUAACAAUAACUUUUAACUAUGAAGUAAACAUUACCUUAUUGGAUCAUUUUUGACCCACUUAUGUAUCUAAGGGUUGAUUUAUGUUUUUUGAUAUGGCUGAUGAGUGUAAAUGGAUUCCUGUCACAAUCUCAGUAAUAUACCUAGGAAAUAUGCAGUAACAAAAUUAUGUCUACAGUUUCACAUAAUCAUUUUAAUUAUGACAGAUUUUGGUCUCUCUGAAAAUUACAAAUAAUAACGGUCAGCAAUGUCAAAAUAAGUGCUAAACAUUACUAUGUAAUGAGAUUAUACAGAAAUAUAUAUAUCAUUUUGGCAGUGUCUUUGUAUUGAUUUAUUAAUAAAAAGUGAAAUUGA